GAAAUCCCUUUUCUGCUGCUGGACUCAAUAUUCACUGAUGAAACUGCAGCUACAGCGAGAUAUAAAACAACUACCUGGACAGCUUGUAUCAUCUUGGCCACUUCCACCUUUGUUUUUCCUUUCACGGUUUUCCCGUUCACACCUGUGAUUUCAUCACCUGCUGCCAGCGUCCCAUCCAGAGCUGCUGGGGUGUUGUCAAAGACCUGGGAGACAAAAAUAACCACGCUGAAAGCUGUCGAGUAGCACUCAGUAUGAGCAUGCAGCUUGAACUGAAGAACGUGAACCUGAGAGCUGGUGACAAGCUGAAACUAAAGGGGGAAAUUCUGCACGAUGCUGAGAGAUUCCAGAUUGACCUUGGCCGUGACUCAGAUGACCUGGCGCUGCACUUUAAYCCCCGUUUUGAUGAUGACUCGGAUGGAGCUGUCCUUGUGUGCAACUCAAAGGUUGCUGGAUGUUGGGGCGAUGAGAAACGGGAAAUACACAAUCCUCUACAGAGGGGCAGUGAUGUAAAGAUUGAGUUAAAGCUGUCUGGAGAUGAGUUUGAAGUAGAGCUUCCUGAUGGACAAGAAGUCCAGUUUCCUAAUCGUGUUGGUAUGGAUGUCAUCACCUACGUUCGAGUGAAAGGCGAUUUCAAACUGACRAGCUUUAAGAUCUGCUAAGAGACACAGCUGUCUGUUGCAUGAUGUCUAUUGAAUUUAAAACAAUUUGGUUUAAGAUCCAGUUUGAGAAACACUGUUAUUGUAUUAAAAAUAUUCAUCAUUAAGAGUUUUUCGUAGUCCA